AUGAUUGAGUGCUUUUGUCUGGAACAAUCCGGCAUCUUCUAUUGUCCAUCGUGCUAUGCCUGUCCGUUCCGCAUCGCAGUUCCCGCAGCGCCCCCAGCGCCGACGGAGGAGGAGCGGCUAUGGGGUCUGGUGCGCGCCAACUCGGGGGACUUCGAGUCGUGGGUCGCGCUCAUUCAGGAAAGCGAGAAGUCGGACAAACUGGAGAACCUGCGAGCUGUCUACGACACGUUUUUGGCGGAGUUCCCGCUGUGCUUCGGGUACUGGAAGAAGUACGCGGACCACGAGCAGCGCCACGGCAACAAGGAGCGCGUGCUCGAGGUCUUCGAGCGCGCCGUCGCCGCCGUGCCGUACAGCGUCGACAUCUGGCUGCACUACGCCAACCACCUCACCGCCACCGUCGAGGACCCCGAGGAGAUCCGCAGGCUGUUUGAGCGCGCGCUGGUGUACGUGGGCACGGACUACCUGUCGCACACGGUGUGGCAGAAGUACCUCGACUUGGAGGGUGGAAGGAGCGAGUGGAGCAAGGUCGCCGCUAUCUACACGCGCAUGCUGCAGGUGCCGCUGCAGCAACUCGACCACUACUACCACGCCUUCCGCCACUUCGCAACGACGCACACCCUAGACGAGAUCCGCACGCCCGAGGAGUCCGCAGCAGCUGCAGCUGAAGUCGCUGCUGCUGCUGCCGCCGCCCUCAAGGUGCAGACGGCUCAGCCGGCCGGGGAGGACGGCAGUGCUGCCCCAGGCGCGGAGGAGGCCAAAGAGGGAGACGGCGAGGCCAAGGCAGCAAAAGGCGACGCUGCUGCUGCUGGUGAUGCUGCCGCUGCUGGUACUGGUGCUGAUGCUGCUCCAGGAGCCGAGGCCCCCGCAGCCGAUGCUGCUGCCCCUGCCGCCGCUGCUGCCGCCCCUGCCGCUGUCCCCACCCCUGCUCCGCCGCCUGCGUCCGCGCCUGCGCCAGUGCCAGUCGCAAAGACAGAGGAGCAGCAGCUAGCGGAGUACCUAGCCUUGAGGGACGUGAUGUAUCAGAGCAGCAAGCGGCGCGACGGGGAGAUUCGGGAGUUUGAGGUGGUGAUUAAGCGCCCGUACUUUCACGUGAAGCCGCUGGAUGAGGCGCAGCUGAACAACUGGCACCGGUACUUGGACUUCACUGAGAAGGAGGGCAACAUUGCACGGACCAUCAACAUCUACGAGCGCUGUGUGGUGCCGUGUGCCAACUACCCCGAGUACUGGGUGCGCUAUGUGGAGUGCAUGGAUGCUAAUAACGAGGACGAGAGGGCCAAGGACGCGCUGCUCAGAGCCACUGCUGUGUUUGUCAAGCGCCGCCCGGAGAUCCACCUGUUUGCCGCCCGGUACAAGGAACAGCAUGGGGACGUGGAGGGUGCCACGUCAGCGCUGGACACGGCUGCAUCGCUGGCAGCGGGCCUGCUGGAGCUGACGGUGCAGAAGGCCAACCUGGAAAGACGGCAGGCCGGUGUAGCGGCAGGGGCAGCAGUACUGGAGGCAGCAGUGCAGGCGGAGAAGGAGAAAGAGGGGUCCAAGAUCCUGUCCUAUCUGCACCUGCAGCACGCUCGCUACCUGCUCACUGUGGGAGGAGAGGAGGACAAGGCACGUGAGGAAUUCAAGGCAGCGAUCGAGGCUGCACCGGACAACAAGACCAUCUGGCAGGCGGCGAUAUCCUUUGAGGCGUCGCUGCCGGGUGCAUCACCAUCGGUGCGCAUGGGGCGGGUGGAGGCACUGGUGGCAGAUGCACUGGGCAGAGUGAAGGCGGACAACACACCGCUGCUCUCUGCUGCUGACAGGGAGGACAUCUCAACUAUUGCCGUGGAGUUAGCGGAUCUGUUUGGGGACACAGCAGCAGUGAAGCAAGCAGCAGUGCGCCACCGCUCCCUCUUCCCCUUCAAGCGUCCCACCGCCGCCGCCACCACCGCCGCUGCCGACUCGCGCAAGCGCACCCACCCAGACGGUGCCUCUUACCCCGACCGGGCCGGAGGGUACAAGCACCACCGCGCCUCUGCUCCCUCGUCUAACUACUAUGGUGCUGCGGGCGCCAGUGGUUACGGUGGAGCAGCGGGAGGGGGGUAUGGGGGCAUGGUUACCGCCUCAACUACCGUCACCCGAGCAGCCCUCCAGAACGCUGAGCGCGUUCUCCGCCAAUGGCAUUCGGACACGUCAUCACACGGCGGCGGAAGCAACGCGAGCAGCCGACCCUCCUCCCGCAGCAGCACUCGCUCCGCGUCCUCCCAGUCUCCCAGUGACACGUCAGCAGCAAGCCUCCGCCUAUGGGAAGGCUCGAGCGUCCACGUGGACGCGUACCUGCAAGCCCUAGAUUCCAUCCAAUCCGUGAUCGACACGUGUGAGUCGGGCAGAUACGGCGGAAGCAGCAGCGAAGCUGCCGAGAUGCUUCACAGAGCUAAGUGGUUCGCGGCAGCGGCGCGUCCGUGGCUAGAGCAGGGCUUUUGGUACGUUCUUAAACAGCAUUCUAAGCCGCUAGAACCGGAAGCUGUUUACCAAGCCGCGUCUAAGAGCCGAACGGGCGGCACCAGCUGCGGCAGCUUCGGCAGCGGGAGGGGGUCCAAGGGAGGCUCGGACGGCGGACCGUACCUGAUGCAGCCCCAUGCUGCGGUGCAGGUUCGGGAGGUGGCUCGGCGGAUGGUGCAGGCUGGUUUGGGGCAGACGUGCCUGGAGACUUACCGCGCAGUGCGGAGGCAGGCACUGGACAGGACGUUAGAGCAGCUGGCAGCGGGGCAGUUCCGCCCGGAGGACAUGGGGGGCGUGCGGUGGGAGGCGCUGGAGGAGCGCGUGAAGGCGUGGAUGCAGUUCGCCCGGCUGGCCGUGCGUGUCGUGCUGCUUGCGGAGAGACGGCUGUGUGACUCUGUGUUCCAAGGGCAGGGCAAUCUGGCGGAGAUGUGUUUCCACGAGGUGGCAUCAUCAGCAGUGCGAUUCAUAUUCGCCUUCGCAGAGGCCUUUGCUCUCGACAAGCGCCUGGCGGAGCGGCUCUUCUCCAUGCUGGACCUCUACGAGAUCAUGGCGGGCCUCAGGCCUGACUUCAAUGCCGCAUGCAAAGGGGACGGCCCCUGCACGGGCCUGAGGGAUGAUUUCGCCCUGGUGGUAACGCGCCUGGAAGAGGCCAUCAGCGCCAUUCUGGCGCAGUUUGAGUCGGGCAUUGAGAGCGACGCAUCGGACAUCCCCGGCACGGCCACCAUCCACGGGCUCACCCGCUACGUCGUCAACUAUGUCAUCCUGCUCUACGAAUACCGCGACUCGCUUCAACGGCUGUUUAAGAGGGGUGAUGCUGCUGCUGCCGGGAAGAUUCAUAAGCUGGUGGUGUGGCAGCUGGCGGUGUUGGAGAAGAAUCUGCAGGGCAAGGCGAGGCAGUAUAGGGAUCCCGCUCAGGGCGAGGUGUUUCUUCUCAACAACAUUCACUACAUGGCCAGGAAGGUGAAGGAGUCAGACAUGCGGGUGGUGGUGGGGGACGACUGGGUGAGGAGGCAGGCAGCGCUCGUGAGGCAGCAUGCCAGCGAGUACCUGCGCUUCUGCUUCUCCCGCCUCUCCUAUACCUUGCGCAUCGACCCCUCCACUCAGCUGCACAAGAGCACGCUCAAGGAAAAAUUCAAAGGCUUCAACAUUCUGUUGGAGGAGAUUCAUCGCGACCAGACGCGCUGGCUGGUCAACCCGGGCCCACUGCGGGACGAAUUACGACUGGCGGUGAAGCAGCGUGUGCUCGCGCCCUAUACCGACUUUUAUCUCGCGUAUAAGCAUGUCAUGGAGGCAUCGAGGCAUCCGGGGAAGUAUUUGCGGCAUGAUCCUGUGGAGCGCAUGGGGCGCGGGGAGGCGGCGGACGGGGGGCUUCGUCGGCAGCAGCAGGAGCGCGCAAUCGCUGACGUCAUGGGGACGGGGGAGCUGAGCGCCGCCGUGGUUGACGUGGCGCGCGCGCUCAUCGCCGCUGACGCAAAUGACCCCGCGGCGGCGGAGCGCGAGCAGCAGCGCAGGCUGGCGGCGGACAUGGCGCGCGCAAUCAUGGCGGCGGAGCAGGCGGCCGCGCGCGUGAGCGAGGGGGAGCGCGCGGAGCGGGCGUUUCGCAGCCUGUGGUUCGACUUCCCGUCCGCGCAGCCGCGCGACCUGGCUGCGCUCGCCGCCGCUAUCAGACAGCAAGUGGACCUGAUUCCAACCACAGCCAGCAGCAACACCACCACCACCACUAGCAGCAGCGGUGCUCCGUCCUUCCCCAUCACAAGCCGGUUCCUCUCUGGCCUCUCAUACGUUGCAGCGAGCGCACUCAAGGCACAGCCGGGCAGAAGCAGCACCAGCGAUGGCAGCACACACCCCACCAACGCAGCCCCUGCAGCAGCAGGGGGAGACACGAGGGGAGGAGCAGGGGGAGUAGCAGCGGUGGGAGCAGGAGGGGGUGGGGCAAGCGCAGCAGGCGUGGGGGGAGGGGACGCUGGAGCAGUGGUGGGAGAGGAGCAGGGGGCAGCAGGCAGGCAGUUGGCAGACGCUGCUGCUCAGAUUGCUGGUGGGUUUCGCGGUUGGAGAGCUCGUCCGUCCUUUCCAACUUGUCGCUGGGCCCUCCACUAUGCCCCCCUUCCUCCCCUUGUGACUUGCAUCUCAAUUGAACGUCCUGCUUCUCUCCUUGUGAAGCUGCCCGCAAACUGUUUCAAGCUGCCCGGCGACACUGGAGUGAAGGCGUUCGCAGCUGCCCUCUCCUCCUUCCACCUCGACCCUCCGGAGCUUCCCGCUCCUCCUUCCGAACCUCCUGCCGAACCUCAGCCAAAUGAAGCCAGAGCUUCGGGCAACGAGGCUGGUGAGACGGCUGAAGAAGGAUCAGCAGUACCUGAAACGAAUGGCAGCAGCACUAACAGCGGUGGCGAGGCUGGCGGUGUGGGCGAUGCAGAGGGGGAGGCAGAUGAGCAUGCGGACUCAGACGUGCACUUGCAGCGGGUGCUGCUGUUUUGGAUUCAAUCCGCUGCCUCUUCCGCCCCUUCCCCUGCUGUUGCACGCACUGUUGGUGACUCAGCCAUCAAGUCUGGCCUGUGUAGAGCCCUCGUGGCAGCACACUCUUCCCUCACACCACCCAAGCCACGCCCAGCCGCCACACAGCAGCCCACGGGCACACAAGCAGCAUCCCAGUUUCCCACCACGUGGCAGUGGCUUGACACAGUGCUCCUCUUCCUCGCUGCUUCAUCUCCAGAGGUUCGAACGUUCGUCUCCAAAGCACUGCCCUCCCGAGCCUCCUUUCCGUUCCCGCUCCCACCUCCGAGCCAAUCGCCUUCUGCCGAGCCUGGAGGUCCUGCUCCAGCGCUGCCUGGUUCGGUUGCCGAAGCUGACUGGGUGUGGCCGCUGCUGCUGGAUGCGAACCGCACCCAAGCCGAACAGCCAUUGGCGUGGCUGCUAGAUUCCUUGGCCGGGGCUAUGGAGAAUGUGCUUAUAGCGAAGGAAGAUGGUGGAUUGGAAACGAUGGGGAACAAGAACGGUUUCGGCUUUACCCUGGAAGUUGCCACCUCGGCUUCUCGCACACUCACCCUCCUCCUCAGCGUCCUCCACGUCAGCAGCCACCUGGCACCUCCCAAAAGCGCCACGUCAGCACCCCCUAUACUCCCCAAAGGCGGUCAGCUGGCAGCCGCUGUGGCCCGCUCCCACUUUUCCCGGAGCCGCUGGUUCUCCCGCUUCUUGUCCCGCCGCGCGUUGCCGUACGAUCCUUUAAAGAUCUUCCCCCGCCUCGUGCGCUUGUCCCCGCGCCCGCACUCCAUCCCCGUCCCCGCGUGCUCCCCCCACGGCAGCGCCUGCGCGGAAGGCUCGGCGGAGGCGGAACUGAUAAGUGGGGAGGCGGAAGCGUCAAGCGGAGAGAGUCCGGGUGACGCGGAGCCGAACAGCAGGACAUGCGGAAAGCCGAGAAUGCCGUUCAGAUGCGACGCGAUUCUUAGCUCAGGGGUGGGAUCUAAUGAACAGGGAGGGUCCGCGUGUUGGAUGGUGUGCGAAGGUGGAAGGAAGCUUCGUGCGGCGAUUAGCGAGCGGAGCUGCAGCGGGGCGCGCGACGAGGCGAGGCGGCGAAGGGACGCCAUGCUCGCGUGCGGUCGUCGCGGCGUGAUCGCCGGCGCGCGACGGGAUGCGAUGACACUAGCCUGA